GAAGAAAAAGCCAUGCCAAAGAGUUACAACUGUGAGCCCGAUGGCUGAUGAGCAAGACGCGCCCUUGCCUACUUUUGACACAGUUGGAGGAGAUGCAGAUGCCAAGGACGAAGUGGAGGAAGGUGCUCCACGGAAAAGAAGAAAGGCUGGGGCUUCGUCCACUUCGUCCACUUCGGAGGAGGAGGUGCAUACUACUUUGCUGGGGCAAAAGAUGUUUGCAGAACUGGGUUAUGUAGUUUAGAAGAAAGGUUACUAGCCAUGGCCUCCAACCUAAUACUGAUGGCCUCCAACCUAAUAGCGAUGGUUUGUUUUGUAGAAUCUGGUGUGUCGGAGGCAUUGGAGGCUUUGGUUCUUUUCAUCCCGGCUGUCGAGGUCCCUUUCGAGGAAAGCAGCUUGCUGCCUUACGAGCCUGACGCGGCUGUGGACCCUCCUGAAGAACUUCGGCGGAAGGGUAUGAUGGAGGAGGUGAUGUGGCGCAUGCGCUGGCUGGUCUCAAGGGUGGAGGCCAUGGAGCACAAGGAGCCCAAGAAGAAGGAGGCUUUGUCUUUGGGCAAUGGAUGGGUGCUCAUCCAGUCCAAUCUGGUUCCGGGAAGGAGGUUCUACUUCAAUAUGAAGUCGGGUGAAAGCACCUGGGAACGACCCUUCUGAGCCGCUUGAUGUCGGUCGCUUGCGGGAGGGACAUGGAGGAAGACCCUGAGGACGGUCUUCGGUGACGAAGAGGAUCCGAAGGUUCCUGGCGCAACGGAGCUGCGGAACUGGGUGUGCGACACUUCCAAGCGCUCCGGCGGCCUUUCAAGAGUUUCCGGCAGCUGCGAGCCAAAAGAAGGGCGAAUGUGCAGUGGGCGCGAAGCACUACGGUCUAAGGGCUUCAUGAGGGCUUCAAAUGCGAACAAAACCACGCUGUUCGAGAGAGUCGCUGAAGGGGACAAACAUGCACAAGGU